AUGGUAGUUGACACGUUUAAAGAUGAAUCUAGCCGUCGUCAUCUUGCAUCUUCUAUUGGUUGCGAGCUUCCUGUUGAUAGUGAUGAUCCAAAAGAACUUACCUAUUAUAUGGCAAAUGUUGCAGAAUUCGGCUUUGAUCAUAUCAUUAUAAUUGGGGAGCUUGAAAAUGGAAUGAUUUUUUUGGAUUGCUAUGGUCGUGUGUUUCAAUGGGAGGAAGAAUGUCAGAUGUUGUGGCCACUCGGAAAUUCUUUGGAAGAAGCAAUGUCAAGUGACGGGAAAAAUCAAGUGCCAUGGUAUUGGGAGUAUGAUGGAGCUGUAUAUGAGUUCAAAGAAUUACUUCAACGUAUGUGCAAAAAAUGUUAUUGUAAUGUUGCAUUAGUUGCAGAUAACUUUAUUUAA